AUGAGACAGCUAAUGGAGAUGAUGUCCCAGCUUAUGGGCGUUCAAAGACAGAAUACAUCGACAGUUCCCAGCCAGCAACCGCUAACAAUGAAUAGUGAAAUUCAAUCACCAGAUUCAAACAAUGUGUGCAGUCAAGGUCAGCAAGUAAUUAACACAGCGAGGCAAGCGUCAGUGAAAGAAAUAGCGAAUACCUUGCCAGAGUUCGACCCCAGUGACAAAAACGCCAUCACUGCCAAACAAUUCAUUGAUCGGGUCAACAAAGUAGUUGAUGCCUACAAUUGGGAUCAGAAAUGUUUGCUGCUCGCCAUCUACACUCGCCUUAAGGGUCCUGCCAAAAUGUGGCUCGACUCAUCAUCAGUGGUGCAUACCCGAUGGAGUAACUUUGCCGAAGCUUUAAACGACGAGUUUGGUAUCGAACCAGACGAAGCAGAGAUCCACUUCACUAUGGCCAAUGCAACGAGAAAGUCGAAUAAAACUGUUAAAGAAUAUUGUUUUCGUAUGUCAUCCCUUGGUGUUCGGUAUAAGCUUAGUGAAGCAGCGGUCAUCAGGUACGUCAGAGCCGGUCUACAGCAUCGAGAGUUGCAAAAUAGCAUUGCAGCGAUUCAGUUUUAUAGUAUGAAGCAGCUACGGAAUGCAACUGAAAACUUCUUCAUGAACCGAAGCCGUUUAAGCGAGAAUAAGAGGAGUAUGCCACCAAAAGAUUACAGCGACAAUCAAAAAGGCGAGGUCAAUGCUAAGUCAGCAAAGCAGAAGGAAGCUUUGAAAUGCUAUAAUUGCGGAGAGUCGGGACACUUUGCCAAUUCUUGUCCAAAGCCACCAACAAAAACAAGAUGUUCCAAGUGCAAUAAGUUUCAUGCACGGAAUGAGAAUUGUCAGUCUGCAACUGUAAUGCGCGUGGGCACCUUGCAACCAAACAUGCCCUUCCUAAAGAAUAUUGUUGUCAACUCGCACUGUUACGUCGCGUUCAUUGAUUCCGGAAGUGAGGCUAGUAUUGUGCGCAGGUCAGUAGCCAAAGAAAUUAAAGCCGUUCACAGCAAGUGUGCUAUGCAAAUCAGAGGCAUUUGUGGAGGUACAUGUAUGUCAACCGAAGCUAUACGGUUGGAAAUAGUCAUCGAUGGAAAAAGUGUUUCCGCCAAAGUGUACAUUGUCGAAGAUGAGAUACUCCCAGAAGAUUUUCUGUUGGGCCAAGACGUUAUCGCAGACAUCAUCAUCGAAAGUGGCAAAAUAGUUUCGCAAGCCCCAUACAGAGUGCCAGAACCAAAAAAAGAAAUAGUAAGCCAAAUGGUUAAUGAGCUUUUGGAGCACGACAUAAUCACGCAGUGUACGUCAGAGUAUGCUAGUCCAGUUGUCCUUAUCAAGAAGCCAAAUGGUAGUGACCGACUAUGUAUUGAUUAUCGGCGAUUGAACAAGCUUAUCCAAACGGAGAACUUUCCUAUGCCACACAUCGAGGAGAAGUUACAGGAAGCAAAACGUCAUAAAUGGUUUUCUUCACUGGACUUAAACACUGGUUAUUAUCAAGUGGAGAUAGCACCAAGCAGUCGUAAGUACACGGCAUUCAUCACCACAGACGGGUUGUACGAGUUCAAACGUUUACCGUUUGGAUUAAAGAAUGCUCCAGCCGUCUUUAAUAGGCUCAUGGCAGAAUUGCAAAAACGUGUACAAAAAGACGAUAUUAUAUACAACAUGGAUGACAUCCUUAUUGACAGCCAGACGUGCGAAGAAAUGUACGAGAAACUUGAAAGAAUUCUGCUUGUAUUGAGAGAAUGCGGAUUAACAUUAAAUUUGAACAAAUGCGAGUUGUUUAAAAAGUCUAUCAACUUCCUAGGUCACAAAAUACACGAAGAUGGAAUCAGUCCGGGCGAAAUUAAGACAAACGCUAUUGCCAUGUUCCCGUCGCCAAAGAAUAUCACUGAUCCGUUCAAAUGGGAAAAGUCGCAGCAAGAUGCCUUCGAUGAACUUAAGAAGUGUCCCACAACGAAGCCCGUGAUCACAUGCUACCGUCUAGAUGCCUACCACGAACUACACACAGAUGCCAGUGCAGUCGGUUUAGCUGGAGUAUUGCUGCAGAAAGAGGCUGACCAGAUGAAGCCAAUUGCGUACUAUAGUCGAGCAACUUCAAAAGCCGAGAAAAACUAUCACAGCUACUAG